AUUCUCAUGCCAGGUUCAGAGAAAUGAAAAAUGUUAAUUAAUAUCACUCUUAUUUAGUAGUGACUGUGCAUCAAGUUCAAAAUGUGCACGAUGAUCAGUUUGUUUGUUUAGGUCGCCGUCAUUACACAAAUUGUUAUUCAUGAAGCUGCUUUCGCGUGUGCUCAGACAGCCGAAGUUGGCAGAUCACGUUACAACCAGUGGUUCGAUGAUUCCGAACUGCACAAACUGCCAAAUUGAGAUUAAUUUAGUGAACGUUGACUGAAUUGAUAAGUGAAGUGAAGAAAAAUAUGUGUACAGAAGUUAUAUCGUGAUGAAAAAGAUAAAUUAUAGAUUUAGUGACAGUGAAACCAAUGGUUACGAGACCUCUGAAGUGUCUACUACAUUAGCAUCGAAAAUUAAUUUCAUUAGAAAAACCAAACCAUGUAGAAGUGAAGACAAAUCACGCUUUCAAUGAUGCAUUGGUUAAAAGGUCAUCGGCAUAGUGUAAAUACGAAAAGUGAUUUGAAGAUUGUACCACCUUGUUUCGGAAUAAAUACUGUUAAUGCAGAAAUCAAAACAGAGAAACAAUUUUCCGAAAAAUCUGUACAAUGCGAUGAUUUGUUUUUUGUUAACGAUUACAGAACACUGCAUUCUUCUCAACAAGGAACAACAAUGGAAUCCAAUAACGAGCGAUUGGAUAUUAUCAAUGAACAGCAUCGUCCCGUACAUCAUAGAGGAUGCAACUGCUGCUACCUAUACUUAGGACUAGAACCAACUAUUCCGGGCAAUACACCUCUUCGUUCACCAUUGUACGAUGCACGACGAAGUAUUGAUCUGACUAAUAUAGUUAAUAGUAAUUACGGUGGCAAUAGUAUGACGCCCUGUUUAUCUAACAAAAGUGAGAAUUCAAAUGCCCCAUGCUUGUUUCGGAAAACUAAUUUAGUAUCCAGGGUUAAUAAUAAUGAAACACGGAAAGCAUCUAAAAAUACUGUGGAACGCAAUAAGACGCAGCAUGUAACUGAACUUCGUUCCGCUUCAACGCGGAUGGCAAAUUGCACAGAGCAUAUUUCAGAAAACUCAUCGCUCAAAAAGAAAAAUGCGUAUCGUAAAAUUGGACGAGUCAGCCCAUUUGUAGUGCCCCGAGAAGAAGACGAAGAGUUAUGCGAAAAGAAAAAUAAUGCAUUGGAAAAUGAUUUAUUGGCUGAUCGCGAACAGCAGGCGUAUUUAGUACUGCACAUGAACAACCAACUGCGAAGGCCAUUUCGGCGUAAAAUAUGUACACCAUUCAACAACAGGGUUACUAUGCCUCCGGAGCACACUAAGCAAUUAAAUAUUGAAACCUACAGGCGGAGUUUACCGGUAUAUUCUAUGGAUAGUCUCAACAAGUUUGACCGGUUAAAUCAUCUUUCGAAUGCCAUAGACUCUAACUCGAUUUUAUUUCGAAGUAACGUAGAUAAUUUACAUACGUUAGAUGAACAGAUUGAUUCAAAAGAAAGCAGAAGUGAAUCAAAUUUUGGCUUGGAUUACUCGUUAUAUAAUGCGAACCGCUCAAACCGUGCGCCCAUGAGUUCUAGUUUUUAUAGCAGGCUUAGCGGUAGUAUUCAAAAUUUGUUUAUCGGCAACCGGGGUCAGUCUGUUCCAGCAGCAUCCGUUGUACGGUCUAGUUUUAGCAAGAGUGAAAGUAAUAUCAACGAGCUUCGUGAGCAUAGAUCGGUACGCGAUCGAACAUUUUUCUUUGGAGGUAAGUCUAAAGCCAGACAGCGACGUGCGAAUAAUUUUCUUACCAGCGGGGGUGGAAGUUUUUUCACUUAUAACUACGACGAGGAGGAGGAAAGCAUAUGGAAAAAAUACUUCAAUUUCAAUAUGAACUUGUUGCGAAAGAAGAAAAUUAACACAAUAAAUGCCUUAUCGGACCUCGGAAGAAUUCAAGAUUUGGACGGCGGCUUCUUCGAAAAAUUCGGGUCAAUUUUACGCCAAAAAUCGCUCAAUCAUGACGAGAGUAUUAAUACUCGGUUGGAACCAUUUCCCGAAGAAAUCACAGAGGGCCUUCAGUUCACUGCUCAGGAGACGAUUUCAGGUGGUGAUGACAGCGGAAAUGAAACACUACCGGAAAGCGACGUUGAAGAGCAACAAAUGAAACAGAAUGAAUUUAUCGGCCAUGCGUUUGGUUGGAAUAUUGAAGAGUUGUACGAAGAAAUUUUGUACGAGAUCAUCCACAACAUUGGCUGUGAGGAUGAAGAAUUGACUGAAGAGACUCUCAUUCAUUACGUCCAGGAUGCAUUUAAAAUAUCUAAUGAAAAACACAUGGAAAUCUUCGAGGCAGCUCGUAGCAAGGAGCCUCCGGAAAUAUGUCUCAAUGUUGAAAUCAUCGAAGCGAAGGAACUGGAGCCCAAAGAUUCCAAUGGACUUUCUGAUCCAUUUGUAACUAUGUACAUUGCAUCGAAUCCAACACACCGCUAUAAUACGUCAGUCAAAUCUGCCACGUUAGAUCCAGUGUGGGAGGAACAUUUUUCACUGCCGAUUGAUGAGAAUGCAAAUGAUGCCAAUCUGAUAGUAGAAGUGUGGGAUUUUGAUCCAGCAGAAACCGUCAAGGAGAAAAUGAACAAAGUGUUUGAUGUAAAAGGCGUACGCGGCUUGAGGAAAUUGAUGAAAGAAAUUGCUGUCACGGCUUCGACAGGAAAGCAUGAUAAUGAACUUAUCGGACGUGCCAGCAUACCAUUAAAAUCAAUCCCAGCAUCCGGUUUGGUAAUGUGGUAUAACUUGGACAAAAAGAACAAACUAAAACGCCAGGGAACGAUUCGUAUAAGACUGAAUUUUAGCUCGCAGAAAAACAAUCAGGUUGCCGCACAGGAACAUCGACAUCUAUUAAGAAUUCUGCUGCUUCACGAGCUCGAAUCUUCGAAGGUAGCUCAUUACUGGUGGUCAGGAAAAUUCACACUGCAAGGAGACUUUGUGCUAACACAGCACUCAGCUCAAAGCAGUUUGUCAUCUACUGCAGUAGCCUUCAUUCAAUGGUCCGUAUAUGCUUCAAUUCAUCUCGAUCAUCUGCUCUCAUUCAGUUUGUUCGACGGUUUACUGGAAAAACUCAUCCGUCCAAUUCAAACGAAAUCGGUUUCAGACGAAGAACUUAAAAUGUUUUGGGAAGCUACGAAAAAGCUUCUGCCAUCCUGCUUCUCAAUAAUUAGGAAACUGCGUAAAAAAACCGCAGGAGACAAACUCGUCGUCAAAAUGCUGACAGAUGUUUUGAACAUUCUUUCUAAGAUCUCCUACUUAGAGCCACCGAUGGAAACGGAAUUAUUUCCUAGCCAGCAAUAUGGCUGGUUGCGACACGCAGACGAUGCGGAGGUAAACUGGGAUAUAAGAGCAGUUUUGGCUUGUGCCGUGUCGUCAGGUGCUGAAGACUGGUUCAACACUAUCAAAGAAGGUCACCAUGUAGAAUCUGGAGUAGACGAAGAUCGUUUGCAGAACCUAAUCAAAAUAAUUCAGUUGAUUCGUUCAGAUAUUCAACGAUCGAUUGAAUACUAUGAUAAAAUUUUCCAGGAAGUUUUUCAUUUUCUUUAUACUAGAGAGCUUUAUAUUGCUUAUGAGCUUAAACUAGCAGAGCUUAUUAAGCCUUGUGUAGAAGAUAUAUGUAGGGAUCUGAAGCGAAUUCAAAUUCCAGAUUCUAACAGUGGUUCAUUGGAUUACGAGAACAUCAACAUGGGGACAACACUGUUUGAGUUAUAUGUAGUUCUUAAAAGAUUUUCAACACUUGGACCGGCGUUAAGUCCAGGCGAGUCAAACUUUGCUAUCGAUGAGUAUCAUCGCUGGUUCACGGCUGGAGUGACCCACUGGCUUGAUAUAUCCGUGUAUAAAGCGCUAACAAGAAUCAACAAAGCAAUCGAACUCGACAGGCUGCAGCCGGUGGAUUCCACUGUUAAAUAUUCGUCUUCAGCGGUGGAUACACUGGCAAUUUUCUAUCAGAUAAAAAUUUUUUGGCAGCAGCUCGCCUGGCCAGAUGUUGAAGGAGCAUACAUUUUCGUAGCUAAGAUUGUUGAUGAUAUUUGCCGAUGCUGUGUUUUCUAUGCUGAUCGCAUGUCGGCAAGAGUUGAAAAUUUGGGUGUAGUUGAAAACGUCUACGAGAAAAAGUUCGUGGUGACACAGGAAUGGUGCCUGGCCAUCAACAACAUUGAUUACAUCAGACAGAGCUUAAAGCCCUUCGCAACCGAGCUAGGCGUUGAUGAUAUCAUCGCAAAACUAUCGGAAGUUGAGAGUCCUAUGGAGGCUGAGCGUUGCGCUGAUACCCUACGUGCCGUGCUAGAAAAUGCAAUCGACACCGAACGCAAUAAGAUUUUGGAUUUAGUUGAAAAGCUAGCUAGAAAAAUGGCACCACCGAUGCGAAGGUUUUUGGUCGAAGGAGCCGAACUAUUGCAACAAGAUUCGAACUCGAUGGAUCGAUUAAUGAUGUAUAUGGAAGAGUCACUUGCUAUGUUGAAUAAUGAGUUAAAUGAGUUGAAUUUUGAACGAGUUUUGGAUGCGAUAUGGAGUGAAUUAACAGCAAUUUUAUACGAUCUUAUACAAAGCAAUCUCGAUAAACGCCGUCCGCCAGCUUUUUUCGCUAAUUUACGUGAUACUCUACAUAUAAUGGUUGCAAAUUUUAAAAGUACUGAAAAUCCUGAAACCGAAACUUCAUCAGAUAAGGAAACGUUGGCUCAUAUCGAGCGGCUAUUAACUCUGCAUGGGUAUGAAACAACCGAUCUUAUUCAUCAGUAUUACCUCGAUAGACUUAAGGAGCAGGAAGAAGAAACCAGUGAAUCUUGUGGUAUGUUAACGGUCCAGUGUUUCUUUAAGGAAAAUGUACUUGAAUUGGAAAUUAUGAACGCCCGCAACCUAAAACCGAUGGAUACAAAUGGUUCCUGUGAUUCAUUUGUGCGAGUACAUUUUGUUCCAGAGGAACGCUUUGUAGGAAUUAUCAAGCCUCGAACACACACUGUAACAAAGACUUUAUUUCCACUCUUUGACGAAAAAUUUGUCAUAACAUUCACACAAGAUCAACGUGCCAUUGAGAAUGCAGUUAUUUUAUUCAGUGUGAAAGACAAGGAUUUGUUCGGUAUGUCAAAUCAAUACUUGGCCGAGUGCUUCCUGUGUUUCAGCGACAUUGCCGAUAUAUCAAAAGAAAGUGGCAAGAUAGAACAAAAGCAUUUGAAACUUACGCGACCCAAUCGGCUUGAUACUGAUUGCAUCAGAGCACUGGAAUAUCGCCAAGGUGAUAAACAAGCGAAGGACUUCCUCAAAAAGUUAAGACAAAAAAUGGGGCAAUGAAUAUCUGUAUAUAAUUCAUGUAUAUUUAUAUUUAUUGUUAUCUUAAUCAACAAAGCGUUCACCAUAAAUCGCCUGUUUUAUAGAAUUUCGAAA